AUAGGGGUCAGGAAAAGGGGUGGGGUGGCCUUCCUGAGCCCCACAACUUAUCCCAGCCCCCUCCUCCUCCAAGAGCCCUGUUGCUAGGUAACAGAUGGGGGAGCCACAAAGAGGCAGCUUGAGAGGCCAGAGGCUGGACCCACAACAGGAAAUGGCCUUGAUCCCCCUCUGCAGGGAAUCUCCAGGUGCAGACACACAGAGCCUCACACACACUCACACACAAACCUGUCUCGAGACCCGGACACACACAUCACAGAGACGUUCACACAUACUCCCAUACAAAGACCUGCAUACACACACACACACACACACAGGCACAUACACUCCCACACAGGGCUAUGCACGUUGUCAUACACAUGGACACAGAGGCACCUACUCACACAGACCACCUGAUACACACACGCAUACAGAGGAACACACAUACACGCUUGCACAGAAACAGCGUAUGCACGUACACACUCAGAAGACAUGAACACACACAGAGCCAUCACAUGCCCAGAGACAUGCAUCCACACCCAUAUACUCACAUAGACACACAAACAUUCACAAGAGGCUGCACAUGCAUAGACAUAUCCACGGGGAACUCACAAAUACUUAGAGACACACAAAGAGACAAGCAUAUCCAAGCACUCUGAAGAAGUCACAAAAACACGAUGUACUGAAGCAAGAGGAGGCAAAAAUCGAUCGAUAAACACGGCAGCAGCCCAAAGCAGAAAACCAGCGCACUAAGGGUAUACAGUCUGCAAACCUACGACAGCAGCUGGGACGUAGACCCAAAGCAGGGCACCUGGAAUGGGCUGUGUGUUCUGCAAGAAGUUGGAGCCGGGGCCCAAGGAGGAUGUUGGCCUGGAGAGUGACUUCAGGGGCCAUGGGGCCGCGGACCGCUAUGGCCCUGACCCAACUCAGGCCCGGACUGUGUCCUCCUUUGCCCAUAUCCCCAACUACAACUUCUCCACUCAGUCCACCAGCCCCGCCUUUCUCGAUGGGAGCACCAUCAGGGGCAUCUCAGGGACUGGGGUGACCCUGUUCGUCGCCCUGUAUGACUAUGAGGCCCGGACAGAGGAUGACCUCCCCUUCACCAAGGGUGAGAAGUUCCACAUCCUGAACAACACUGAGGGUGACUGGUGGGAAGCUCGUUCUCUCAGCUCCGGACAAACUGGUUAUAUUCCCAGCAACUACGUGGCCCCUGUGGAUUCCAUCCAGGCUGAAGAGUGGUACUUUGGAAAGAUCGGGAGGAAGGAUGCAGAGAGGCAGCUGCUCUCCCCUGGGAACCCCCGAGGGGCCUUUCUUAUUCGUGAGAGUGAGACUACCAAAGGUGGCUACUCCCUGUCCAUCCGGGAUUGGGACCAGGCCAGAGGCGACCAUGUGAAGCAUUACAAAGUCCGCAAGCUGGAUACGGGUGGCUACUACAUCACCACACGGGCCCAGUUCGACUCCGUGCAGGAGCUCGUGCAGCACUACAUUGAGGUGAACGACGGGCUAUGCCACCUGCUCACAGUGGCCUGCACCACCAUGAAGCCGCAGACAAUAGGCCUGGCCAAGGACGCUUGGGAGAUCAGCCGCAGCUCCAUCGCUCUCGAGCGCCGGCUGGGCACCGGCUGCUUCGGGGACGUGUGGCUGGGCAUGUGGAACGGCAGCACGAAGGUGGCGGUGAAGACCCUGAAGCCGGGAACCAUGUCCCCGAAGGCCUUCCUGGCGGAGGCGCAGAUCAUGAAAAUGCUGCGGCACGACAAGCUGGUGCAGCUGUACGCCGUGGUGUCGGAGGAGCCCAUCUACAUCGUGACCGAAUUCAUGUGCCACGGUAGCUUGCUGGAGUUCCUCAAGGACCGGGAAGGCCAGGAUUUGACACUGCCCCAGUUGGUGGACAUGGCAGCCCAGGUGGCUGAGGGCAUGGCCUACAUGGAACGCAUGAACUACAUCCACCGCGACCUGAGGGCAGCCAACAUCCUUGUUGGGGAACGGCUGGUGUGCAAGAUCGCUGACUUCGGACUGGCCCGUCUCAUUGAGGAUGAUGAGUACAACCCCCAGCAAGGGGCCAAGUUCCCCAUCAAGUGGACAGCCCCGGAGGCUGCUCUCUUUGGCAGAUUCACCAUCAAGUCAGAUGUGUGGUCCUUUGGAAUCCUGCUCACUGAACUCAUCAGCAAGGGCCGAGUACCCUACCCAGGCAUGAAUAACCGGGAAGUGUUGGAACAGGUGGAGCAUGGCUACCACAUGCCGUGCCCCCCAGGCUGCCCAGCAUCCCUGUACGAAGUCAUGGAGCAGACCUGGCGUCUGGACCCAGAGGAGAGGCCCACCUUCGAGUACCUGCAGUCCUUCCUUGAGGACUACUUCACCUCCACAGAACCCCAGUACCAGCCUGGGGAUCAGACAUAGCCUGUUUGGGCAUUCACCACCUUUCUGGGGUGCCCACCAAUCCCUUCCAGUCCCCAGGGCUCUGGUCCCAAAGCCCCCAGGCUUAGACCCCUAUAGGAUCCUAGCAUGUCGGAACAAGCAGGUUGCUCUGACAACACCGAGGGCACCCCACUCAUUUUAAAGAUGGGGCCAUUCCAGGCUUAGAGAUCAUCCCUGACUCUGGCCCCAAGCACUAUUUCUCCCCUUCCCACUUAGGCUCCUACCUCUAGACUCUCUUCCCACCUCUCCCCCAAAAGAAAUGCUCAGACUUUGUCUAGUUAUUUAUAAAAUUGUAUAUCCUUUCCAUCAAGCACCUCCUAUCCCUGCUUUUUUACCGUAUCAUCCCACCCUGAGUUCACCUCCUACUCAGUUCUCUUGUGUCUGUAAGUUGCAAAGACAGGGUAAGUUUUUGCUGGAACCCUUUCCUGCUGGGUGGAUGCUGUGGUCCGGGCCUGGGGUCCAAGCCCAGGGUGAGGGAAAGGCUUGCUGAGGACCCACCGCCUCUCUGAAUCACAUGUGUGUUUAUUGCUUUUUGUAAAUAAGAAAAGUGACAAUAUGAAUCCUUGAGCCAUGAAAAUCCCUUCUGUUAGGGGGAACGGUGGCCAGAGGAAGGUGAGUGUGAUUGCUCUGGCUACUGGGAGGAGGGAGAGGUGAGAGCAUGCCCUAAUGCCUACUGAACACAGGGAACUCACAGUGUGUUUGGGGGUACCCGGAAGUCCUGAGGCUUGUCCCCAUGUGAGUUUAGGACAGGUUGAGAGAUAGAUACAGAAGAUAGGCAACUGGAGCUUAAAACGUCCCCUUCGUUACUGAAAUGGCUCUCAGUCUGUGUGCCGUGGGUUUGUUAAUUCCCUACUUGAUUUCAGCAGAUACAUCCUUCAUCCCCGGCACAAGAGCAGAACCUAUUAGGCCUCUCUUGACAGGGGCAGUGGGGAAGACCACAGUGGACUCUGCAGCUCCCCAAGAAAAGGAUAGAAGGGCGGGGCAGGGAGAGAGGUCUGAGAGCUAGUCUAGCUCAUUGGAUUUCACUCCAGACAACUCUGACCCCUAGGGGGUCUUGGAGAGGUCUUGGAGAGGAAGUUUUGUUGGGUCACAAGGACUGGGGGCUCCUAUUGGCAUGUAGUGAGACAGGGAUUGGGGGUACUAAACAACUCGCCAGACACCUGAGCAAUGAAGAAUUGUCCCAUGUCCUUGCUGCUGCUGUGAGAGACUCUGGCCACUGAUGUGCCUCCAGGUGGAAACAAAAGGAACAGGAGUAAGGGUUCCCACCUGUCCCAUCAGGAGGUCGUGGACUGCUGACUUCUGAAGGGAAUGGACAGGGUUGGGGGUGGGGAAGAGUCUGGGAGCUAGGAGUCACUGCUGCAACUGGCAGACAAUUACUAAGCAUUAACUCUGGGAAGGUCCCUUUGCUAGGCAGGACCCCAGACCUGUCUCGGUCCUGGAGGAGUUCACAGCCAGUAUGGGGAGAAAAAGGAAUAAUAAUAACUCACUUAUUAAGCACUGCAUGCCAGAAUGUGUUUACAUCCAUCUUUUAAUUUAAUCCAGUUCUGAGUCUGGUUCUAUGACUAGCUCCCAUUGACAGAUGAGGAAACUGAGGCUUUGGGGUUACAUGGUGUACCAAGGUCACACAGGUGCAUGGGACCGAGCUGGGACAUGAACCUAGGUCUCAUACCAAGGCCCACGAUCUUUCUAGACUCUGGGCUUUGGGAAGAGAUCUGAUCUACUCCAGGUAGAUAUAUGGAGGAUCCUCCCCCCUCUAGACAUUUUUAGGUUCCCUGGAAAUGCCCCCACAUUGAGUAUCCUAAGGAAAGGGGACAAGGUGGCCAAUGCAGAUUGAGUUCCCUGUACUGAGCCGUCUUGGGGAUCCCUGUAUGGAAGCAGUAAGAUGGAGAGAGGUCAAGAGGCUGCUGAGAGGGGUGGUUCCAGGGUUGGGAUCCUUAGCUUUGCACACUCGAACUCAGGGUCCAUGGCUUCCCAAGAGCCUGUCUCAGGCUGACUGAACUCACACGAGCCUGACACACAAGCCAGAAGUCAAAUGUGUCCGCCUCCACGGGCUAAGCAGAUCAGAGCCCCGCCCUGGAGCUGCAGGCCUGGUGAGAAGCUUGCCGCCACCACUCGCUCACUGUGUGACUUGGGGCAGGUUAUUAAUCUCUCCAUGCCUCAGUUUCCUCCUCUGUGAAAUGGCAAUAAAAUGUUCAACUCGUG